UGUCAAUAAACUAAAAUUUUAUGCAAAACAAAAUUGAUCAUGAUCCUACAGAAGCUCGUGAACGUGUUUGCAUUUGCUGGCGCGUUUUACGUGUCCCAUAAGCUGGGUGUUUGGUAUGAUCCAGUGGACACCGAAAGCAAUAUAUCACAACCAGUGGAGAUUGAAAAGAGUAAAGAUCAGCCCGUGGAUAUAAAGAACAACGAUCAGAACUCCAUCUUGAGUGAGGAAGACAAGCGGAGGUUACAACGCGCCAAAGAGGACUUGGAGAAGAAAGUUUGCACUAAGCAUGGCCUAUGCGAGCCAACUCCAAAGCCACUUAGCGAAUCUGUUAGCGAAGCCUUCUAUGACACUUGGUUGGCUCUCAAGAAGAUCCCUUCCUUCUGGGCACGAACCGCAAAUAACAUUGGCGAAAAGAUUUGUCGGUUUUUCAGUGAUGACUAAUAGAACAAGAAAUAGAA